CUAUCCUUAAGCCCGAGACAAAAUGCUGGCUGGCCUCCUCGCUUACUGUGGUCGCGACUGUGUGCGCCAACUGCACGCGACCGGAGCGCAACCGUUCCAGCUGCUCGCUGUGCUUCCCUCUCGCCUGCAAGCCUCAUGUGCAUCACAUAACACUUGUGCGACAAGGGGCCUAUCGGGCUCGCGGAAGGGCGAGCAGGAGCGCCCAGCGCGACGCAGCCAGGCCGACCAGAUGCCCAGCCGGGAGACGUGGUUCUGCCUGUACCAGCCCGUUCGCGGCCAGACGGCAUACCUUUAUGAAUUUGACGAGCCCAUCGACGCGGCGAAUUACGUCAGCAAGGUAGGGCCCGAGCUGCGCCGUGUGCUGGGCCGGCCCGCCAAGGACUGCUUCAUCGCAACCAUAGGCGGCGAGUCCUUCACCGGCGCCGACGUGCCGUCGCACCCCUGGUACUGCUACCGCCUGCUGCUGCGCGGCGCGCGGCUGGGCCAGCGCCUGGGGCCCUACGGCGCCGAUGACAUUGUGUCGCCCAACGUGGUGGCGCUGCCGCUGCAGCAGCGCUGGCGCAACAAUGUCCGGGACGCGCGCGACCUCUUGCUCUUCCUGGCCGACCCCACACACGACCGCCUGCAGGCGGCGGUGACGGCGCUGGUGGCGGCGGCGCACGAGGACCGCUGGGCGGGCGGCCCGGCGCUGGUGCACGAGCUGCUUGUGCGGCGCUGGGGCGGCGGCGCGCUGCGGCGGCACGGCUUCACGUCGGCGGCGGUGGCGGCGGCGUACCGGCUGCACGGCGAGCGGCUGAGGCAGAUGGAGCUGGAGGAGGUGGGGGAGGUGGGGGAGGCGCGGGCGGGGCCGGGGGCGGGGGCGGUGGGGGAGGCGGGGCCGGGCCAGGUGGGCGCAGGGCUAGAGGCGGAGGUGGCGGCGCGGCCGCGAGGAGCGGGCGCGGCGGCAGGCGGUGUGCGGGCGGAGGCGGCGGGUGUGGGUGGUGGUGUCGGUGGGGCGGGGCAGCAGCGGCAGCAGAAGCAGAAGCAGAUGGGCGUGGAGCGCCAAGGAACAGGAGACGCGGUGGGUGGACGUGGGCACAGAACAGGUGCGGGCAUGAGCUCCGGCGCGGGCGAGGAUGCGGAUGCGGGUGCGGGUGCGAAUGAGGGUGCGGGUGCGGGUGCGGGUGCGGGUGCGGGUGCGGGUGCGGGUGCGGGUGCGGCGCAUGGAGCGGAGCUCACGGAGUUGGGGAGCAGCAGGGCGCAGGGCGGCGGUGUGGCUCCGGCGCCUAGUGGCGGCCAGCAGGGCGCGCCUGGUUGAACCCGCGGCUGCAGGCGCAUGCACGGGGCGGACGGAGGAGAGGGAUUGCCUGACGUCAGUUGGCGCGCCGUGUGGGGCCACGGCGUAACUGGACAGAGCUCCAGUCUGAUAGGGAAUUUUGCGAAGGAUGUCCUGCUAAGGGAUGAGCGAGGCAAGGGGCGCCGUGAGGGGAGCAGCGAGCGAGGCAAGACGAGCAAGGUGACCGCACGCACUCCACGCCACUGGCUCUUGGUUCUUGCACUGCGUCCGACCCGGAUCCUCUUGUAACGAGCACGACCU